AUGGAAGGCCUCGAAGGUACUGCCGUUGUGAUGGACGAUAUUCUCGUGUGGGGCAAGUCAAAGGAGGAGCACGACCGCAACCUUAAGUCUAUCAAGUACCUCGGUCAUGUUUUGACAUGUGAGGGACUAUACCUGGAUCAGGAGCCGCUCGCAGACAUACUUCAAGUUCCACCCCCAGGCAACAAGAAGGAACUGCAAACGUUCCUAGCUCCACUCCGCGAGCUUCUCAAAAAGGACGCAGCAUGGGACCGACACCAGGCUAGUUUUGAAGCUCUUCGUGAAGCUUUAGCAAAAGCCCCCGUUCUCGCAUACUACCAGAAGAACAGGCCCAUCACGCUCUCGUCUUCAUCAGCGAGCAAAGUGAUCUCUGCCUUCACGGAUGUCUUUGCUACGCAUGGUUUCCCGAGCCGACUCAUCACGGACAAUGGACCGCCGUUCAGCAGUCAACAGUUUCAAGACUUCAUCAGGGUUCCAAUCCUCUACCUGAGCUACCACUGGGCACCAGGGUCACUGUGUACAACGUGCCCUCGGGAACAUGGUCCCCUGCCACAAUCAUCCAGAGAAGCGACAGUCCGCGCUCCUACGUACAUAAAGGCGAGGAUGGACGACGGUUCCAGCGGACGAGAGAACACCUCAGGCCGUCGCACACACCCAUCGGGCAAUAUGCAGCGGUACUUGUCCCUCCAGCCUCCGGGCAAGAUGCAGCGGUACCUGUCCCUCCAGUCUCCGGGACAUCCGAGUCUGCUACGCAACAACCGUUGCGAAGAAGCCAUCGAACGCGUCAUCAACCAACAAGAUCACCUGAGCCAGAACGUUAUUAAACUUCGGACACUGGCUCAAUAA